AUGCACGGGUCCUGCAAUUGCGGCGCCGUCACCGUCGAGGCCGACAUCCCUCUUGAGGGAACCCCCAAUGCAUUUGUCUGCCACUGUCAGAAUUGCAAAAAAACCAGCGGUGCAGGAGGCGGCUUCGCCAUGUUCGUCCCGCUGGAAAAGGUCACUUUCGCGGGCCCCAUCAAGCACUACGCCGACAAGAAUACCGACAGCGGCCGCACCGUCGACCGUCAUUUCUGCGACAUCUGCGGCAGUCCGAUCUACGGGCUCGCCAAGGAGGGUCUGCCCGGCCAAGCUCUGGUGCGCAUCGCGCUAUUCGACGACUUCAAAACAUCGCCGCCGAAACCCGGCGCGGAGCUCUACACCAAGGACCGCUGGGUCUGGGACGAACCGAUCCAGGGCGCCCAGCAGGCCUCGACAACAAUGUAA